UGAUUGGCUGACGGAGCUCCGGCGUCUGCAGCUGGGGAUAUUCAGUGCAGAAACAGCAGCAGCAAAAGACUGUUGGAGGUGCAGAUGUUUCAGGGCUGUUGAUUUGAUGAUCAGAUCAGGUGAAUAAUGGAAGGGUGCUGCAGGUUUCCCCCGGUCUCCAGUAAAGUGGAGCAGCAGAAGAUCCAGCUCUGAUCAGCAGCAGCUCCACACCUCUGUACUCAGACUGAUCUGCUGGAGGAACACCAUCAGCUCACCUGCUGCAGAAAUAAGUGCCAUCGUGUUCCGAAUUUUCUUCUGCUUCUGGUGUCAGCUGUCCUACCUAGAGACAAUUUAGCUUCACAAAUACAGAUUCAGAAGAUUUCACAAAUAUUGAGCUGCUGAACAAAGGGGAGAACAUGGAAUACAUACUAAUCUUAAAUACUCAGCCAACAUCCUCUCCUACACCUAGCAGACAAAAGCAGAAAAGCACAGACAAGAAAACUCUCCACUGUUCAGACUGUGGGAAAAGUUUUAAUUUUCAGAGUACUCUUCAGCGCCACCAACGCAUUCACACUGGAGAGAAACCGUAUCACUGUUCAGAAUGUGGAAAGAGCUUUAAUCAGCAGAAUGAUCUCAAUGCACACCAGCGCAUUCACACUGGAGUGAAACCAUAUCAGUGCUCAGACUGUGGAAAGAGUUUCAAUCAACCGAAUAAUCUCCGAGCACACCAGCGCAUUCACACUGGGGAAAAACCAUUUCAGUGCUCAGAGUGUGGAAAGAGUUUUAAUCAUCCGAAUACUCUUCUGUGCCACCAGCGUGUUCACACUGGAGAGAAACCGUAUCACUGCUCAGACUGUGGGAAGAGUUUUGCAGCAGGGAGUAGUCUCAAAGCUCACCAGCGCAUUCACACUGGAGUGAAACCAUAUCAGUGUUCAGAGUGUGGGAAGAGUUUUGCUCGUCACGGGAGUCUCCAGCAACAUCUGCGCAUUCACACCGGAGAGAAACCGUAUCAGUGUGCAGAGUGUGGGAAGAGUUUUAAGUGCCAGGGUGGUCUCUAUUGUCACCAGCGUAUUCACACUGGAGAGAAACCAUUUCACUGUUCUGAGUGUGGGAAGAGUUUUACUCAGCAGAGUACUCUCCAGCAACACCAACGUGUUCACACUGGAGUAAAACCGUAUCACUGCUCAGACUGUGGGGAGAGUUUUACUCAACAGAGUCGUCUCUAUAGACACCAGCUAACUCACACUGGAGAGAAACCAUGUUAAUGCUCAGAGAGAAAAGCUUCAGGCAUUUAAAUACAAUGGUAAGACACAAGUGAGAGCAGUCAUGGAAAUAUGCAUUUACAUAUCACGCUAAACACCAAGUAACACCAACACCUUCCAGAGACAGAGACACAGGGAGUAAAUGAACUCAAAACGUACAUUUAUUAGGAAAAAUUGAAAAAUCAGCACCCAAAAGAAACUUAAAGAUAAUAACGGCCCAGUGCGGCUCUAGUCGCUUAACUUUAGUAUCUCCUAGGUCCGUGUUGCCUCUGCACUUCGCAAUGUGUAUGUAUACUGUACAUUUAUAUAUUAUUUAUGACUAUAACCUACUUUGGUUUAAGCUGGGAACUUUUCGGGUUCCACAGUUAGGCCUGUGAAAAGGAAUGGAAAGUUUAUUGUCUGUUUAUUGUACGAUAUUAUGUUAUCAUUAUAUUAGUGCCAUUUAAUGUUCUUAAAAUGUUAUCAAUAUCGUUUAUUGCAAUAAUUUCUGGGACAACAUAUCAUUUGCAAAAAAUUGUUAUAAUGGCAGGCCUAGACAAGACAGGUCUAUUGAGCCAUUGGUGCCUCUCCAAAGUAUUGUCAAUCUGGUCAAAAUUCAACAGAAAUGAAGAAUUUAAUUCCACCAUGCAAGGAGUUAAGUGCUGAAUGUUAAAGACCUGUACAUAAUUCCUAUGAAACAAAAUGCACAAGCAUUGCUCAAAGCCGAACACGCCUAUGUGAAUAUAUGAGCAGGCAUAUUUUCUUUAACUUCGCUUCGAUUUUCGCCUUCCGAUCAUAGGUAUUGUCACGUAGUGUCUGUGGAGUUUACUCAGCUUCCAUGUACACGACUAGGGUUGCCUGCCACCUUUCAGAAAUGAAAAUAAGGGACACCCACCAAAUAAAUAGAUAAUUACAAAUAUAUGUCAUAUUAUAUAUUCAAAGGUUCACACUCACUCUGACCUCACUGUAAUCGUCAAUAACGUGCCUAUCAAAUCACUGCAAGUUGUUAAAACCUUGGAUUUAUUCUUAAUUCAUCACUUACAUUCGAGCUCCAGAUCGGGUCGAUCUCUAAUGCUAACCAUACACUAGGCUUCAAAAAAACACUCUCUGAAAGUCUAAAGUUUGACCCCAUCUCACAUCUAAAGACUCGUCACAGAGUCACAGAUUUUUUUAGUCAGAGACUAAGAUUUUGCAAAGACUGGGAAUCUUGCAUGGUCACUAUAUGCAAGACUGCUUCAAGAUUCUUUAAAGUAUCAGUCUGUAUUAUUUAGUUUCUAAACUGAAAGCAGAAGCAUUUCUGAGUGGAGAAGAAUAUGGAUAAAAUAUUUAGUUUAAUGGUACCAGUGUGCUGAAACCACCAUCCCUGCUUAUCCUAAUAAUAUAUUAAUUCUAAAAAGUAGUGCAUUGGAGUUCUUCUUCUUCUGGUCACGUCAGACGUCUUUACAUACUUACGUCACACGUACAGCCUCUAAAAGAGGAUCCGGCUCAGUUUUACUGAACGCGAACGGUUGGUGAAGCAACGGGGACUUCAGAAGAGGAAACUCAGAGCUCAGUAGCUCCUCCAUUCACCCAUAGUAAAACCAAAGAAACGAAGGAGUGAAGUUUCUGACCCAUUCUAACCAGAGAGGGCCCUAAAUCACCCAAAUCCCAAAAUGUAUGGACAUCAGAUUUAAUAUACAAUGAACAAUACUGAUAAUAAAUCGCUUAUAAACAAAAUACUAAGUCAUACACUCAUAAAUGUUUUGCUGUUUGCCAUAAACAAAAACUCUUUUACCUCUCACUAUUCCUUUAUGUCCAUGUGUUACGAUUUUGUAAAUAGUUUUUUGUCCCUUCAGUGUACAGUGACCUUUGGUUUGUGAAUGGCUUUAUACAAAUUUAAAUUAUUAUUAUAUGAUUUUUUGUUUUAGAUUGUUUUUUGUACAUUUUAAGUAAAGAUUUGUGCAGAUCACAUUUAAUUUCAUAGCGCUUCACUCAGCUAAUAAAAAAGCAGCUUUACUGAAAUAUUUACAGAAAGUCCUAUGAAUAGUAUUUCGUAUCUAUUUAUUGGUGUUAUAUUAAAACUGGAAAAUGUACUAUGUGUAAAACUUAUGUAUGUUUUUUUUCCAAUACCAAUAAAAAUCUGAUUUAAGAAAAAAAGUCUAUUUAGAAUUAAAAUGGUCAGUGUUUUGCCUUGUACUGGUACACAUGUUCCUAAUUUACUGGGUUCUCCAGUACUCCUCAUUUAUAUUUAUACCGCCCCUAUUAACAGCCUUUAAUAACCCAUUAUUCACUCUUAAUCUACCAGAUACUGACCAACUAACCAGCGUGAUACCGUGCGUGAUAACUCUAAAAUCUCUAAAAAUAAAAAAUCCCCUCUAAAAUUAACAUAUACACAUAUUAAUACAUAGCUGCACAUUAAUUUACACACUGUGAAACAUUGCAAUAUUAUCAAUAAUGUGGAAAUAACCCUUUGAAUAGUAUUAAUUUACACCUGUAAUACUCCAGUUGUGCUAAUAAUUAGAAAUAUUACAUUAAUUUUACAAAACUAACUGGAGAGUUAU